AUAAUAAAUGACUACUCCUGUGCCGCGCCGCAUCAAGGACUUGCUAGCGCUUGGUAUUGACUCGGACACGGACGAUGACUACAAUACGCCUCUCAAGCCGCACCGAUCAAAUAUCGCAGCCGUAAAAAACCCACGGCCAGCGGCGGCGGCAUCUGCAUUCGGUCAGAGAUCAGUCAUCGGCUUCAAUAAUGCUGGCAAUAAGGAAAACAUUCCACUUCACAAUAGGGCAGCCGGUGAAGUGCUGCCACGGCGCGUCUCUGAAAUGGCCAUGAUGGACUCGGACAGCGAUGAGGAGGAUGAUAACAAAAACGACCACAAUCUCAACUGCGCCAUUCUCAAUGAUUCCUUUGUGUUGAGUCCCACGCACGAGUUGUCGGUUAGCGGUGGUCCAGCUUCCUCCACGGGGGCCGCACUCAAGCAAUCUGAUUCGAAUUUGUCAUUCCUGGGACGCUUCGGCAACAUGGGCAUCAACUGCAGCAGCAGCACCACUGCCCCCAAUCAGAACUCCCCGGCGGCUGCGCCAGAACCGCAGGCCAUCAAAAAGCUCCAAACAAUCUCAGAGCGACGUAAACUAUUUGAUGACGAGACUCCCCUGCGCAAUGGAUCCUCGAUUGUGGCCAAGUCUCAUGCGAAGCCCGAAGGUGACUUCAUAACGCCACUGGUGCGAGUACGCGGCUCCACUCAGGCAUCUAAACCCCGCAGUGCGGUAUCCAAUGAGUUUCGCUCGCAGAAGGUUCUCUUCCAGACGCCCAUGACCGUGGGCCGUGGCGCUCCCUUUCCCUGCGACAGCUUCUCCCUGUGCGACACCAUCAGUGAGAGUCCCGACAUUCCCCCGGCAAAGCCAGAGCCGCAGCCCAAGGCAGAGCACAUCCAUGGAAAGUCAAAGAAGUCUUUAGACAAUGCUUUCCAUGAGGCAGAAAAUGAAAUGUUGCCGCCAAAAAUUGAGCCAGUGAAACCCAAAGAUGUUGUGUCGGUGCCCAUUAAGAAACCAGAGCCAUUGCCGCCCUCCACCUCCACCAAAUCAUCGAACAACAUAAUAAAGAUAAAGGAUCAUGAGUACGCGAUAUGCCAGAAGCUGGGCUGUGGCGGCUCCAGUUCCGUUUACCUGGCCCGUCGUCCGGACUCUGGUGGGGAGUUUGCCUUGAAGGUAGUGGAUCUGCAGGCCGAUCCGACGGUGGUGCAAGGCUAUUUGAAUGAAACCAAGCUGCUGGAGAAGCUGCAGGGCAACGUAUGCGUUGUGGCUUUGUACGAUUAUCAACUUCUGCGCGAGGAGUCCAAGCUGUAUGUGGUGAUGGAGAAGGGUGACUCCGACUUGAACAAGAUCCUCCAAAGCUACACCACAAAUCUGCCCGCCUACAGCCUGAUGAGCAUUCUGUACCAGAUGCUGCAGGCUGUCAACUAUAUCCAUUUGCACGGUGUCAUACACUCGGACCUGAAGCCGGCCAACUUUCUGAUGGUCAAUGGCCGUCUGAAGCUGAUUGACUUUGGAAUUGCCAGCAACAUUUCGGUGGACUCCACCAGCAUCAUAAAGUUCUCCCAGGCGGGCACCUUUAACUACAUCAGUCCUGAGGCGCUCACGGAUAUCUCGACGGGCAACAGUCCCAUGCGCGGUGCUAAUCAGCCCAAGAUAAAGAUCUCCACCAAGUCGGAUGUAUGGUCCUUGGGCUGCAUACUGUAUCUGCUGCUGUACCAAAAGACGCCCUUUGGUCAUAUACGCAAUAUUUGUGCUAAGAUGAAUGCCAUUGCCAAUCCGGGGACAAACAUUGAGUAUCCAGAGAUACCUUUCUACUAUCCAGCCAUGCUGGUUCAUAUGGUCAAAAAUUGCCUUCAGCUGAAUCCCAAGAUGCGGCCCUCGUGCACUCAACUGCUGCAGUAUCCCUUCCACAUGGUCAUUCCCCUGCAGAAUCUACAGAUUGGCAGCAAAGCCAGCACCAACCAGCCAACAACUAAGUAGUUAGCCAGCCAGCAAAAG